AUGAAAUCAAGUCAUUUUUUUGCAUUCGCAAUAUUUUGCUUUCAUACAUAUAAAUACAGGCGCACUCGGGGCAGUACUCCCAUCUUGACAGAAAACACUAAUGAGGCUUCUAGCGUUACCAGGACACAGUGCCGACCUAGUCCGCAUAGUGGCCUAUCCGCCCUACCUGGUGUUGGCCUGUCGCGGGUACGAUCCCAGCAAAUUUCGCGCAUGCCUUUGACUAGUUCAGUCGAUGAUCGUGACUAUCGACGUCAUCAUUCUGCCGGACCAUGUGACAGUUUUUCAGAUAAAGAAGAGGAGGGUGAUAUCGAAGACGUUUGUUGUUCAGGUGUCAAGAGGGAAAGCAGACGGACGAUUUCUGAGCGUUCAACAAGGCAAGAUGAUGUGGAACGGGGCCUUGUGGAAGAGGUGGAGGUGGAGCCGGGCGACGAGCGAAACCACAGUUUGAAUGAUGGGCCACUUCCACUUGAAGAUGGUUUCCAGGCGGCACGGACAUCUGAUGUGCCUUCCGGGCGGCGACAGCACUUCUCUGCCUCCUGUCAAAUG